CUACCUGACUGUCUGAACGACCGACACAAAGACCAAUCAAUUGAGAAACAUCCACUCAUCUCCCUCCAUCACCAAAGCUCAGGCACACGAAAGCCCCCUCCCUCUAGUCACAAUGGCUUGCCGAAACUCGGUCCGUCUCUUCCAAGCCCUCCGGCCAAUGGUGCCGGGCCGGGCCACCCCCCUCCGGACGACGAUCCGCCUCUACUCCGAUGCCACGCCGGUCACACCCAAGCUCCUAGCCACCCUCAAGACCGACCUCAAGACCGCCAUGCGCGCAAAGGACGCGCCCCGCCUCUCCGUCCUUCGCUCCGUCCUCUCCGCCACCAACAAUGCCGCCAAGACAGACAGCCCCAUCGCGACCGACGCCCAGCUCGUCGCCCUCCUCCGCAAGACCCAGCGUGCCACCCAAGACGCCGCCACGCAGUUCCGCGCCGCCGGUCGCGACGACCUCGCCGACAAGGAGGACACCCAGGCCAAGGUUAUGGCCGAGUACAUUGCCAGCAGCGGCGUCGUCACCGUCACCGAGGCCGACGUCCGCGUCCUCAUCCAAAAGGCCGUUGAGGAUUCCGUCGCCGCGGGCAAGACUGGCCUCGGGGAGGUCAUGAAGCUCAUCAACAAGGCUACCCAGGACAAGGACCUCGAGGUGGAGAAGAAGCGCGUGGCCGAGCUCGUCAAGGAAGCCAUCAAGAAGGAUUGAUGAGAAGGGAGAGAGAAGGUUUCGAGCUGUGUUUGCUGUAAAAAAAAAAAAGAAAAAAGAAACAUGUACCAAUCUGUACCAACAACGUCGUGUAUAAUAAUACCUGUAUACCCCCCCCCCCAAAAAAUGAAAUUCUGGCGGAUGAAGAAGAAUGGGCGAGCUGUGGAGAAGGGAACAUCUCUUCUCUUGAAUGAUACUUGGACGAAUGAAAUAAUGUCACACCACUCGU